CUCUUUAAAAAACCACACCCACCGAAGCGUGUUAGAAGCCGACUGAAUGGAGAGGCUGUGGGAACCUCUAUGCCCCCUGGUUCCACAAGUGACAAGAUUUUUUUCCAUCAUUUGGACAACCUGCGGCCAUCUCUUGCCCCAGUGAAAGAGCUCAAGGAGCCCGUGGGACAGAUCGUGUGUACCGAUAAAGGCAUUCUGGCAGUAGAACAGAAUAAGGUUCUCAUCCCACCUGCAUGGAAUAAAACUUUUGCUUGGGGCUAUGCAGACUUCAGCUGUAGACUGGGUACCUACGAGUCGGACAAGGCAGUAAUUGUUUAUGAAUGUUUGUCAGAAUGGGGUCAGAUACUGUGUGCCAUUUGCCCCAACCCCAAACUAGUUAUCACUGGAGGAACAAGCACAGCGGUGUGUGUGUGGGAAAUGGGCAUCUCCAAAGAAAAAGCUAAAGCCCUCACACUGAAACAGGCAUUACUGGGUCAUACUGACACUGUCACAUGCUUAACAGCAUCGUUGGCUUAUCACAUAAUUGUGAGUGGAUCACGGGAUCGCACCUGCAUCAUCUGGGAUUUGAAUAAACUCUCUUUUCUAACACAGCUUCGAGGUCACAGGGCUCCAGUUUCAGCACUCUGUAUAAAUGAAUUAACGGGGGAUAUUGUAUCGUGUGCUGGAACUUACAUCCAUGUAUGGAGCAUUAAUGGCAGUCCUACUGCAAGCGUAAACACUUUCACUGGCCGAAGCCAGCAAAUAAUGUGUUGCAUUGUGUCAGAGAUGAAUGAGUGGGAUACCCAGAACGUCAUAGUAACAGGACAUUCAGACGGAGUUGUCCGGUUCUGGCGGAUGGAGUUUUUGCAAGUACCAGAAACGCCAGCUCCAGAGCCUGUGGAGAUGCUGGAAAUGCAAGAGGAUUGUCAGGAAGCACAAAUAGGGCAGGAAGCCCACGAAGAGGACAGCAGUGACUCCGAGGGAGAUGAUCCAUGCAUAGGCCAGGACACAAAACUGCAGGAGAGCCAGAGUCAACCAAGCAGCACCAGCCACAGGCCUAGGUCAUCAUCAAACAGAGCAGCGGCAGCAUGGUCAGCAGACAGCAGCUCUGAUGACUCCAGGCGUUGGUCAGACCAGCUCAGCUUGGAUGAGAAAGAUGGCUUUAUCUUUGUGAAUUAUUCUGAGGGACAAGCAAAAAUGCAUUCCCAUGCUCAGGUUAACCACCCGCACCCCAGCUAUGCUGAAGCCCGGCACUACAGCAAGCUUAAACCAGGAUACAGAUGGGAGCGUCAGUUGGUGUUUAGAAGCAAACUAACUAUGCACACGGCAUUUGAUCGCAAAGACAACGCACAUCCAGCAGAAAUCACUGCACUCGGCAUCUCUAAGGAUCACAGCAGAAUUCUUAUUGGGGAUGGUCGAGGCAGAGUGUUCAGCUGGUCCGUAAGUGAUCAGCCCGGCCGAUCUGCAGCUGAUCACUGGGUGAAGGACGAGGGCGGAGACAGCUGUUCGGGCUGUGCAGUGCGUUUUUCACUCACUGAGAGGCGUCACCAUUGCAGGAACUGCGGACAGCUCUUCUGCCAGAAGUGCAGUAGGUUUCAGUCUGAAAUCAAGCGUCUGAAGAUUUCAUCGCCUGUCAGAGUCUGCCAGAUCUGCUUCUACAACCUGCAGCAUGAGCGGGGUUCAGAGGAGGGGCCCAGAAAUUGAUGGGGUCCUGGCAAAUGGAGACCCCAUCCAGCCCCACCGUCACUCCAAGAACUAGCAAGAGUGUCGUGCAGUGAUCGGAAGGGAUUAGAAUGUUGUCUGUUUACACUUAAGUUUAUACUGAGUUUUAAGCACUAAAAGUAAAAAGGGAUCAUUGAAUUGAUUUGUGUUGACAGAAGGUAAAUGAGGCUAACAGCAUAAUGAAGUGAAGAGCAAGGCUCAGGAAGACAUGAUUAAUAACCACAAAUCCAUAGGACUGUCAACCCCUAAACCUAUGUUGACAUGGCUAUUGAGAAAAUCCUUACUUAUCCUAAACACCUAUUCUCAUCUUGGUUUUGUAGAGCUAGUCAUCUUUAUCGGGGGGAGGGGGAGGGGAAGGCUUUUUAGAAGAUAGUUGUAAAUCUGCCUUCUUCGCAAGCGACUGUGUAUAUUGUAAAUAGGUAUAAUGGCCUUUUUAUCUAAAUAUGAACUUAACUGCCUGUUACAUGGGACUUCAGAUUAACCACUAUACUUUGUGUGGCAUCUUUAUCUCAUCUAUCAAUUUAAAUACGAAUGUUUAAAAAAAAAAAAAAAAAACACAAAAAAACCAGAAAACUCAAAGGCAUUAUGUGUAUUUCUGUUAAAAAUCCAGUCUGUGCAUGUUUGUUCUUUCAGUUGCCCACAGUAUCUUAAUUUAAGUAAGGCUAUUCAUAGAAUUACAUGGAUUUUUUCAAAAGAAAACAUUUUUGAGAAUAGGACUUGGAGUAUUUUAUUCUAGCUGUAAGAUAACCAGGAACUAAAUUGUACACUUGUGUUGCAUUUUAUACCAAACUAUUUACCACCUCAGUGUUGUUCAUAUUUAAUAAGGCCUCUUUUAUACAUAUAUCAGAGCUGCAGUUUUGUUAAUUACUUAAUGUUCAUUAGCAGCUGAUUCAUGCAGUGCAAGAACCAGCUUUUACCUUCUUCGGUCAAUAGAAAUUGGCUUGCAUAUAGGUACAGAAUUAAUUCCUUGUGCAUAAAAUUUAACCACUGUUGUCCUGUAGCUUGUUUGC